UUUAGUUGCUGAGGUUUUAUCAGAAAGCUCAGCGGCAGCUGUAGAAAGCAUGAAAACUUUAGAUGUUGUUAGGAAGAAUGAAGAGUGCGCCAGUUCGGCUGCUAAAGCAGGAGAAAAUGAGAUUAAAGUGAGUUCUGAACAAGGUGACUCGGAAACAAAAGAAAUUACAGAAGUGGUUGAAACAAGACCAGCUGCCCCUGAGGCUACAGAGAAGAAAGAAACAGGAGCCGGGGAGGUUAUGUCUGCAGCAGUCAAAGAAACUGUAGCCGCUGACACUGUUGCAGUAACUGAGGCGAGUUCAGCUGUGAAGACAGCAGCUCCUGUAAGACCACAAAGAGGCAGGAAACCCUCAGUGGAGCAAACUCAGCCGUCACCUCCUCAACUUCAGGUGGUGCCUGUGCGUCCUCGUAGAGGAUCCAGUGAAACUCAGACCCAGCCGCAGACGAAAACCCAGCCCCAGGUGCAGGAACAGAGUGCAGCUCAGCUUGAAGCUCGGUCCCCAGAACAGCUCUCUGAAACACAGGUAAAACAUCAAACACCGUCUGUGCCUCAGGUUGAGGACCACACUAUAGCAAAGAAACCUCCUGGAGGGUCUGGAGAGAAGCAGUCUGAAUCUCGGCUUCAGUGUGAGACUCAGGCCGUGUCUCCGGGCUCUAGUGAAGUCCAAGUCAGGCCUAAAUCAAUACAACCCCAAUCUCAAACUUCUGCACCUCGGCGGGACUCAAAAGAGCUGAAAGCACCGCAGAGGGUGUCUGGUGCAUCACACACUCCUAGACGUGGAUCGGGAGAAGCCCAGACCCAACCACCUCGCCAAGCGUCAAGCGAUGCUCAAACUCAACCUCAGGGUUCACGUAGAAGCUCCAGUGAGGCUCAGGCCCCUCCGAAAGAUGCCAGUGAGACACAGUCACUGCGCAGAGGCUCCAGUGAAGCAGCUCAGCGCCGUGGCUCAAGCGAAGCCCAGGGUUCACGUCGCGACACCGGGGAGCCCCAGCCUCCUCGAAGAGGCUCCAGCGAAUCACCUACAUCGCCUGCAGCUUUGGGUCAAGUUGUAACUCGGAUAACGGGGCUGCUAGGAGAGCAGUGGGCACAUCUCGGAAGCAGCUCUGGCACUCAGCAAACAGCCAGCCAGCAGGAGAGCGCGAGCACACAGAAAAAGACGACAGGGAAAAGAGCAGAGGCUGGAAAGGCAACGUCAGCCAAGCCAGCGGGGAAAGCAGCCCCAGCGGGGAAAGCAGCCCCAGCAGCAGCAGCGACAGGGAAACCAGCGGGAAAACCUGGUACUUCCAAAAUGAGCUCCAUUCAGAGCCAACUGGUCAGCUCCCUCAGUGUCCUCUCUGCCUUCUACUCCCCAAGCCAGAAAGCGGCUGCUGCCAGCAAACAGCAAGAACAAGGUCUCAAAUCCAUCAUGAAGAAAAAUGGUGCAGCAGGCAAGCAGGGGAACAAGGGAGCCAAGAAAAACCUGAAGUUUGUGGGGGUGAAUGGAGGGUAAAAUCUUCUUUUUAGUUAUCGUCCAAUCUCUUUGUGAUUUAUAUCUUUGUGUGGGCUGAAAUGUGUUUUGUGCACUUAUAUUUUCAUGCUUUUGUCAGUCUUCAUCCUUAUAGGAAAAAUAAUGUGUUGCCACUUCUGAUUAAUGUAAAAAAAAAUCCCCUUUUAUCUUGAUUUAGUUCGUUAAAAAUAUUUGUUAUUAGGUUUGAUGUGUUACUGUAUGCAAAGGGGCUUCAAGUUUGAUGGAUUACCCACAAAUUUCUUUUUCAGUGUUGUGGGUAAUCCACAUAACCACACAUUAUGUGAAAAAAUUCAGAAAGAGCAAAAGAUGCAGUAUUGUCUGAGAAAUUUGAUUUGAUGUUAUUUGACUUCUUCAUCUUUGUGUGUAGAAAUCCACAGGCGACAGUUUGGAUUUUCA